AUGACUGAAUUUCUAUCAAGUUUAGAACGAGGUGAACUAUGCGUUGUGACAAUCAUUCAAUGGCUUCAAGACACUUGGCCUGAAUAUUAUGUAAGAAGCAUACAGCAGAUAAACUGUAAAGAAAUGGAAGUUGAUAGAAUGACAAAAAGAGAGAAAAGCAAGGAUGAGGAGUUGUCAAGAAUGUGGUUAUAUAUGCAUCAUAUUUACAGUAAAACUAAGAGAAAACACAUCCUUGACUGGGCCCAUGACUUGAAAUUGACUGGAUUUUCUUUGCCGGGUAAACCAGGUGUUGUUUGUAUCGAAGGCAAUGUCAAGGACACUGAAGAUUAUUUCAGUAGAUUGAGGCGAUUGAAUUGGAAGAAAAUAACAUGUCGUCACAACGAGAAAUACAUCAGUGAGCGAAAAUUUGAAAAUUUUAAAGAAUUGGUUUUUCAUGUCCAUGGUGCUGGUGAUGAUCGAAUGAACAUGGGAGAAUUUUUUCAAUUUCUUCUCAAACGUGAACUAGGGGAGAUGUUUAAAAUACUGUUUGGCAUUGAGGGGAAAUUGAAUCAUUAG